UUUAAGGAGUAACGCAUGUCAAACAAGGAAUGUACGGAGGCGAAAUUAAACGAUCUGAAUUCAUCGAAUAUUUGCUACAGUGUCACAACAAGCGAUCUAAACAGUGAACGCAAAUUGAUCGGUACAACAGGCACAUCUUUAUUGAUCGCAACCGAUGGAUCACAGCAAGAUGAGCGAAGUGACACACCGGAAACGGAUGCACAAUCGGUUCUGGAACGAAGUGAGCAUUCCUCAAUGCAAAAUGAUCAAAACAAAGAGAAGGAAAGUAAUGAAUACGAUUCGAAUGCGGCCCAUCCAUCACUGACAGAAUUUUUUCAGAAUUCUCGAGUUGAUGCAUUUGGUUUCAUACAAAGUCUCAAUAAUACAAAUCAUGAAGCUACAGUGAACUUGGAGACGCUACGGAAGCGUGAAAAAAAGUGGUUGCAUAUGCUCACAAACUGGUCUUAUUUCAUGGAUAACAAGUAUGAAAAAGUAAAGGAACGUUGCCGCAAAGGUAUACCACCGUCAUUACGUGGUCGAGCAUGGAAACACUUAUGUGGUGCCGCUUUCCAUAUGGAAUUUAGCGUAAAUAAGCACGUUUUUGAGGAAGUAGUCAAUCAACCGGGUGACCCUCGAUGGGUUGAGGAUAUUAAAAAAGAUUUAAAUCGACAGUUUCCAGAACAUGUCAUGUUUUCUCGUGCUGGACCCUAUGGGAAAGGAGGAAAAUCAGAUCUGUUCGAAUUGCUUAAAGCAUACACGGUACUGCAUCCUGAAGAAGGUUACUGUCAAGGACAGGCUCCUGUUGCUGCUGUUUUGCUCAUGCAUAUGCCAUUGCGUGAUGCUUUUUACUGUUUUGUGCAAAUUUGUCACAAAUAUUUGCCAGGUUACUACAGUGCCGGACUUGAGGCUAUACAAAUCGAUGGUGACAUUUUAUUUCAAGUGUUGAAAGACAAGUCACACUUUAGUUAUAGGCAUUUGAAAAAACAUCGCGUUGAACCAGUACUUUAUAUGGUUGAAUGGUUUAUGUGUAUUUUUUGCCGAACUCUUCCGUGGCCGACAGUACUUCGAGUAUGGGAUAUGUUCUUUUGUGAAGGCGUUAAGGUAUUGUUCAAGAUAGCAGUGGUUUUGUUUCGUUACGGUCUCCGUACGAAUGACCAGCUUAGAGAAUUUAACGACUUUCAUUCGAUUGUGACACGGCUGAAAAAUCUUCCUAAAACAAUAAUGACUGAAGAUUUUCUUAUCCAAAAGGUCAUUGAUCUUGACUUGGAUGAUGUUGAAUUGGAAAAGAUCCAUUGCAGAACUCUGAAAACUCGACAGCUGCGGCUGAAUUAAAUAUGUGUAGAUGAUAACCCUUUAUCUAAUGAUGUGGGAAUUAUGAAGUGCGGAACUGGAGAAAAAGAGGCACUGCAUCGGCCGGGAAUCGAACCCGGGCCGCCCGCGUGGCAGGCGAGCAUUCUACCACUGAACCACCGAUGCUACAGAUACUUCUGUCUAUAAUUGUAUGGAACAGUUUAUGUCAGUUUUGAAGUAGAAUGUUCUCAACAUUGUUGUAAUGUUUGUGGUAAUUGAAUGUUUCUAUAGUGCGAGAAAUGUUUUGCACCACUCCAGUCUAUUUCAGGAUGCUUCCCAGUUUAGGCGUUUCCUUAAAAAGAUGAAAGUUUCACGUGUCAAGUUUCACUUGUCACUUCUAUUAAAUGUUGGAUUCCAUUUAUCCAUUUUAUUGAAAUCUAGUUCUAGCUAUUUCUUAAUUAUUGUUCCCAUCAGAUCGUCUCGUCUUAUUAAUAUGCCUUGAGUUAGGUCUAGGGGAUACUAUGGU